AUGUUCUCUGCCAUGCUGAUGGACGCCUACCUCGAUGAACGCCCCGGGAUCCGCAUCGCCUAUAGAACGGACGGUCAUCUCCUGAAUCAACGGCGCAUGAGCUUCCAAUCACGCGUCUCCACAACCACCGUUCACGAACUCCUCUGCGCCGACGACUGCGCCCUAAACACCACCUCGGAAGAGGAGAUGCAACGCAGCAUGGACCUGUUCUCCGCCGCCUGCGAGAACUUCGGUCUGUUCCUUAACUCGGUCACAGCCCCCAACGCGCCGCCGCAAAUCAGCGUGAACGAAACACAACUGCGAGUGGUGGAGAACUUUCCGCACCUGAGCAGUACCCUCUCCCGCAACCCCAAGAUCGACGACGAAGUCGUCAACAGGAUCUCGAAAGCCAGCCAAGCCUUCGGUCGCCUCCAAAGCACAGUUUGGAAUCGCCGCGGUCUUCAGCUGAGCACCAAGCUGAAGAUGUAUAAGGCCGUCAUCCUGCCGACACUACUGUAUGGAGCGGAGACUUGGACGGUGUACGCAAAGCAGGCACGCCGUCUGAACCACUUCCACCUCAGCUGUCUUCGUCGCAUCCUGAGGCUGAAGAGGCAGGAUCGAAUCCCCGACACUGAUGUGCUGGAACGGACGGGAAUCCUCAGCAUCUACGCCAUACUGAGACAAAUGCAGCUGCGCUGGAGCGGCCACCUGGUGCACAUGCACGACGAGCGACUACCCAAACGACUCUUCUACGGAGACGUCGCGACGGGUUCUCGCCGUCAAGGAGGCCAGAUUCGCGUUACAAGGAUACCCUGA